AUGGCGGGGCUGCCGCUGCUGCUGCCGCGCGGGGCCGGGCGGGCGCUGGUGGCGGGGCGGGCGCUCCUCGCCGCCCUCCGGCCGUGCCCCCGCCGCGGCUGCGGGGAGGCGGCGGCGCUGCGGGCCAUGGGCUUCAGCCAGGAGCAGGCCCGGCGGCUCCAGGGGCUGCAGCCCCGGCUCGGCCCCGAGCGGCGGGAGGCGGUGGCGGCGCAGCUGCUGCUGCUGGGGCUGAGCGCCGAGGCCGCCCUGGCGCUGCUGGAGCAGAGCCCGGAGCUGCUGCGGCUGCCCACGGAGCAGCUGCGGGAGCGCGCCGAGGAGCUGCGGCGCCUGGGGCUGGACGGAGGUCGGCUGGAGCGGGCGCUGAGCCGCUGCCCCCAGCUCUUCGCCGUGCCCCGGAAGAGGCUGGCGGCGGCCGUGCGGCUGCUGCGGGAGCGCUGCCUCUUCACGGCGGAGCAGCUGCGGGAGGUGCUGGGCACCUGCCCCGCCGUCCUGCUGGAGGAGCCGUGCAGCCUCCACCACCACUUCCAGUACGCUUACUUCAGAAUGGGAGUCCGGCAGAAGGAGAUGGUGAAGGCUCGACUCUUCCAAAUGCCCUUUGCCGAGCUCCGAAACCGGCACAUCUUCCUGGAGCGCCGAGGGCUCUACGAGACUCCACACAAAGGGCAGAUACAAACCAAUAACCCAAAACUGAAGGACAUCCUUCAGCUCUCGGAGAAAGACUUUCUGGCCAGCCUGGCCUGCUCUACCCUGGAGGAGUAUGAGGUCUUCAAGAAGCUGCUGGCUCGGGAGGAGGCUGAAGAGGGGAAGGAGGAGGAAGUGGAUGCACUAUAUGCAGACGAAGAUGAUGAGUUGUACAGUGAAAGAAGUAAAACAGCCCCAGAGUGAGGAGGUGAGGCUCCGAGGUGCCUGAGCCCUCCCAUGCUGGCGCACUCCCCCACCCCAUUGCGUACCCAUGGGUGCUCUGGGCUCCCACCCAGCAUCAGCAGUGGUGGCUGCAGGGCCCCAUGUGUGGGGCACCAAUAAAUCCAGUCUAUCAAAUACAACACCACUCAUUCUUCCUCAUUGACCACUGACCAACUACUUAAAAAAAUCCAGUUUCCAUAAAGUGUUUUUAUUUAAAAAAAAAAAAACAAAACAAAACAACCCCCCCUAAUUUUAUUUCCAAGGCUGUAUUACAUACUUUGCCAGCUGUGGGGUGGGAGGCAGUGGGCUGCUAUGCCAGCUGGCAGCAGGGCCAGGCUUCCUGGGGCUGGGGGCACAGGUCCUGUGGAAACAGGACUGUCCCACGGCAGGGCUGCCUUCACCUCCACAGUCAGUGUCAGCACUGAUCUCAUGGCUGACAGGGCAGGGAUGCAAAAGCUUUCUGACCAUGGCCCCAAACCCUCCUGUCCCUCACAGAGAACAGAGGCUGGUCUGGGUUUCCCCUUGCCCUGCUCUCCCAGGUGGCUUCCUCUCCUGCCCUGGGGAGGUAGUGCUGAUGUGCUUGCCAGGUAGCUGGAGCAGGACCAGAUAGCCUUGGAGGAAAAUGAGGCAUGUCUCUUCUCUGAGAUGAGAGCUAGAGGCAGUGGAGGAGGGCAGCAUCACACUGGCCAGUGGGCCAAGGCUUUACCUUGUCUCUGCCACCCACCUCUGCAGCUGUUCCUCCAGGCUGAGCACUGUUACACUGCUCCUGGCAGGAAGAGGGUGGUGGCAGGAGCACUGAAACUCCUAGGCCUGUCCUGCUCCAAGAGCAUCUUCCAGGCUGCCACUUGAGACAUAUGGCUGAGCUACAGAGUUCACUGAUGGUAGGUGGGAGGGGAGGGCCUCCCCCGGGAUAACCCCACGCUGCUGGGGACAUAAUGCUCUAUACCAUAACUGCGAUAUAUCUCUGGUAUGUAUUAAUUUAUAAUAUACACUGUGUACAUUAAUACA